AUGUCAGAUAUCACCACGUUAGAGUACUCAACUUUGAAAGUGCCGUACGAAAUUGUGAACAAAAAAUUUCGCGUCGCGCAGAAGACGCUCGAUCGGGAAACAGCGAGAGUCAGCGACGUCGUGAAUGAGGUUGACUCUGUCCUGAAGAAGCCGAACGUUUUUGUACGUGAUCUGAACCCAGUGGUAGACAAUUUGAUAGAAAAGAUCAGGAACAUGAAACGCAAGAUGUCAGAGGUGGUAGCAGAUGAAGUCGAGGUCAUCUCCAUCCUCAAGCAUUCCGUUGAUCAUCUGAAGAUUGGCCUAAACAACGACGAUUCGGUUGCGUUACGUAAAUGGCGUAGUAUAAGAAUCGAUCGAAUGUUGAUUGACUACUUUCUUCGCGUCGGCUACUACAAGACAGCGUUAAAGUUAGCAGAAAAUGACUCUUUGGAGUCAUUGACAAAUGUAUCUAUUUUUAUGCGGGCCCGGGAAGUCGAAAAGUCACUUCUCAAUCAUGAAACCACAAAAUGUCUGGAAUGGUGCCAUGACAAUAGAUCAAAGUUGAGAAGACUGAAAAGUACUCUUGAAAUCAAGGUUCGCCAGCAGGAAUUCAUCGAAAUGAUACGACAAGGCCUUUGUCGAGAAGCGCUGAGGUACGCCUCCAGACAUUUUAGCCACGUGGACAAGGAUCUGUGGCCAGAUCUUCUGCCCGUCAUGGGAUUGUUGAUUUACAGGGAAAACACUAAAAUUGAAGCUUACAAAAGUCUGUUCGCACCUGAUCGGUGGGUGCAGUUGAUGAAGGAUUUUCGUGUAGAAAAUGCCCGUCUUUAUCAUUUGAGCAAAAGUUCUGCGUUUGCUGCAUGUCUUCAGUGCGGCAUUUCAUCGAUGAAAACAGCAAAAUGUGUGCAGCGGCAGAACAGUGCUGAACCGAAAGGUUUUGAUGAGUCAAAUUUGCUGAAAAGUCGAGAAAAGGACUGUCCGAUCUGCUGUGAUGAAGUUCGCGAAUUGGCCGCUCCUUUGCCUUGUGCCCACGCGACACAAUCCAGACUUAUCUGUGCUUACAGCGGAGAGCCACUGAAUGAAAACAAUCCACCUAUGGUCUUGCCGAACGGAAUGGCUUAUGGUCAUAACUCAUUGAUGGCCAUCAUGGCUGAAAACAAUGGCCGAAUUGUAUGCCCAAGAACAAAGGACGUAUAUGAAUUUGAACAGGCGAAAAGAGUUUAUGUAAUGUAA